AUGUCUUACAUUUAUGUGAUUGCUUACAGCUUCGCCAUUUUAUAUUUGAGUAAUAAAGUUGAAACUCUGCAAACUGAAAAUAUCAAUGGUGGUAAAAUAACAACGAUUGAGGAAUAUCCCCAUCACGUCUUCGUAACUACGGAGAGAAAAAUAUGUAACGGUGCUAUUAUCAGUGAAUGGAAUGUUAUUACUGCAGCACAUUGUAUAGAAAAUAAAAAUCGUGAAGUCAUAGCAAAUGCAGUUACAAUCAUUGCCGGAGUUAGUAACUAUAAAAACAACUCAACCUUCAAAUUCGUUGCCGUUGCUGAAAAAAUUUACCUACCAACGGAUAUCGAGUUAAUAAGUGUUACAGGCAUGCAUGAAGUGGAUAUUGCCGUAAUUAAGCUCGAUAAAGCCAUACCACUGGACAAUGUGCAUCUGAAAAAAAUCACAUUGCCAGAUCAGUAUGUGAAUUUGGAUUCUGAAUUUUACAUUGAUACAGAACCUAUUCUCACCGGCUUUGGUUACAAUAAAAUAACCACUACUUAUUCUAAUGGAAAUAUCCAUGUGAAAGGAAGAUCUACUGGGGAUCUACGGUUUUCAAAGACACGUGUUUUGUCAUUAAAGGAAUGUUUGAAGACACGACCCUUAGGUACAGUGGACUUUUUAAAAAAGUUCUGUUCUAAAAUGAAACAGCCGGCCAAUAUGGAACCGAAAGGAGCCUGUUUGGGCGACAGGGACAUGGGAUAA